GUUUUGUGAAAUGCAGGAGUCAUAGCUGUGUUUGCAAAUUAAAAUCAUUAAGAUUUUGUGCUAUGUUUAAGAAGUUAUUUGAUAUAAAAAUAAAAACGUAUACAAUAAAAGCUAAACUAUUUAUAAAAUAUUAAAAUCGUUUAAAAAAUGACACUGCCAGAAUUUUUCGGUUGCACUUUCAUAGCAUUUGGCUUGCCUUUUGCGUUAUUUGUUUUCACCAUCUCCAAUGAUCCAAUACGAAUAAUAAUACUUAUAGCUGCAGCAUUUUUUUGGUUGGUAUCAUUGCUUGUAUCGUCUGUGCUUUGGUUCAUAGUGGUACCUCUACGAGAAUAUUUGGCGUUUGGUGUAAUAUUUUCCGUGUUGUUUCAAGAAGCCUUCCGCUUUAUAGUGUAUCGUUUAUUACGCCGCUCGGAACAGGGCUUGAGCGCAUUUACGGAUAGCAUACGUAUUACGGAAAAUAAGCAUAUAUUAGCGUAUGUUUCAGGCUUAGGCUUUGGUAUAAUGUCUGGUGUAUUUGCGCUGGUGAAUUUGCUAGCAGACAUGGCCGGACCUGGAACAAUCGGACUUAAAGGUGGUUCAGAAGUCUUUUUUAUAACUUCAGCAACGCAAGCCUUGUCAAUUGUGCUGUUGCAUACUUUCUGGAACAUCAUUUUCUUUAAUGCUCUCGAUAUAUCAAAUUAUUUGCAUGUAGGGUAUGUUGUUGGUACACAUCUAUUUGUGUCCCUAAUCACUUUGCUGAAUGCAAAUGAAAUGUAUGCAACCACUUUGUUGCUGAGUUAUUUUGUAACCAUAACGACUGGAUUAUUAGCCUUUAAAGUGGCUGGCGGUAGUGCAAGAUCGUUUAAACGGUUUAUUACUUGUCAAUGAAUAG